ACGUGACUUGGUUGAGAUGGUGAUAGCAGAAGCUUCAAAAUGGACGUUAGCUGUUGGUUAAAUGAUCAUGGCGCACUUGUCGACCACCCAGAUGUGGCAAAUCCUCCGAGUAAAGAUUUUUACCACAUCUUCGUAACGCCUACACAGUUUGUUUUGCGUAUUUGGAAGAUAGUUCCACCAACAAGAGGCGGUGGUCGGAGUGACCCUAUUGAGAUCAAGGACACUUAUGAGGAUUUUAAAGAUGAUGACAAAUUUCACAGUGAAAUUCAACGCAUUGCAGGCAACAGGAUGCUGGACUAUUUACUCCAGCUGCGUGAAGGUCAUAUCGAUUUCCUGGCCCGUCUCCCAGAAAGAGCACUCAAAAAAAUCCUCCUCAACUUGGAGCUUGAAGAUAUGAGUCACAUGUCUAGGGUAAACAAACAUUUCAGAGAGCUAUGUAACUGCUGUGAAAUUUGGAGGCAGAUCUACGAAAGAAGCAGCGAGGCACCCAUAACGCCAGAGCUGGAACAGCUUGCUAAUGAGAAAAGUUGGAAACGUCUUUUCUUCACAAACAAACUCCAAUUACAGGUGCAACUUCGUCGUAUGAGGCAGAACCCUGACGAGUUACCUCCCCCAGGAGGUUAUGCUUUCAUCACACACCAGGAGGAGGAGCAGCAACAGCAGGAAAUGACAUAUUAGAAUAAUUUCACAAACUUAGUUUGAAUAUUAAUGAUGAUGAGGAAUUUGGGAAAUUUGUUAUUUGCAAUGUAAAAAAAAAUACCAAAAUUUGAAAAGAAGUUGAUAACGUUGAAAUAUGGAAAUUAUAAUUCAUAAUUGAUAUUAUUUUACUAUGAUAGCAUUGAAAAGUGUUUGAAAAAAAACCUCACAUACCGUAUAUGGUACUUUGUUCAAAAAGAUAUAACUGAAAGUUGAGAUGGGUUGGAACUGUGAUAUUCAUUAAAGGUGAAGAAUAUUGUGAAAAAAAGUGCUUUAAAUACAGGAUUUUCAUUAUAAAAAUCCCUGUGUGUGUAUAUAUAUAAACAUGUAUACAUCCCUGUAAACUUAAUAUAGCAUAUAUAUUUUUCAAUGAUCCAAAAUGGGUGUCACAUAGUGUCUUCCCAAUAUUGAAUAAAUUAAAAAAAAUAUAUACAUGUAUAUAUUUUGAUUUGUUAGUGUUCUGUGUGCGAGAGAAAUAAUAAUAUGUAAUUAAUGUAUACAACAACCAUUGUAUAUGUAUUAUAGACAUUUUCCUGAAGUCUGUAUCUAAGGAAAGAAAUGUUGCAAAAAAGUAUUAUAUUACAAUGGCCUGAAUGUACUAGAAACUAUCCAUUAUUGCCAAACAUUUAUGCAAAUAUUUUUUAAAAAUUUUGUCUGUCGACUGUUCACCAUACUGUACUACUGUAGAAAGAUCUGAAGCAGAAUUGAUUUUAAGUUUAAAUCUUUUUUCUUUUUAUUACAUACAAAAAACGAUAUUCAAAUACUGUCAACAAAUUCAUUUGGCACGAUCAAAUUCAAGCUAAAUUGAAACAGAUCAGUGCAAUGAUUAAUUAGUGAAUCAGUAGUUCUUGCCCGUAAAAAAAACAAUACAGAAACUACAUUUAGCACAAUCAUAAUUUAGUGAAUGGCUUUAAAACAUCAAAAGCUCUUAAAUAUGAUGAUGGAUAAAAUAUAUACAUUAGGAAUUUAUAUUAGUCAAUUAUCUGUGAAAUCUUUGAAACAAAUUAGGAUUAUUGGAGAGCAUGGAACUUAUCAGUGGUAAUGUAUAACUUUUUAGUAUUCGUUGACGCAUGUUUAUGUUUAAGCACCAUUACGCUGCAGAGUUUCGUUGUAGUUAAAAAUAAUUAAUAUAAGGAGAAAAUUGUGACAUGUACAUCAAGGUCAAAAGGUCAGUGAAGUUUGAAAUUUAGAUGAUAUACUUCAUACAUUCCCCGAAAUAAUUUCUUGUGAAAGACAUCGAACAUUCCAACACUUUAUUCAUUGCCUAUGAUAUUGUUGAAGUUUACAUUUGAUAACAUUUCUUUUUAAUUCCCGAAUUUGGCUUAAAUUUCCAGACUUUUUUUUUUUUUUUUUCUAAUUGGAACUAAAUUGUUUUUGGAAUUUUCCUCUAAUUUUACACAUUUUCUUUACCUAAGAAGUUUUCUCUUAUAUGCGAAAAAUUAACUUCUGCAAUUUCUUUAAAGAGUGGGGAGAUAUUUGUGUAACCAAGAUCAGUUAAUGAAAUUACUUAGUCAGUGAUUUUAUUUGUCUGUAUUUUAUGGUAAUAGGGUAAAAAAAAAGUUUUUGUUUUUGUUGUUUUAAAACAAUGGAUAAUUGUUACCUUAACAAAUUGCUUUUCUUUCAAUCUGAUUUGUUAGGGCAUGGUUAAGUUAUAUAUUUGGCAAUUAUUAAUGUACCCAAGUACGUGUGUUCCUACAACAUUGGUCACUGAUUUAAUAGGAGUUAAACCUAUCUUUUUUUAAUUUAUAUUUAUGCUAUUUUUUGCCGUCGUGUUAAUUAUCUUUUUGGACAAUAUUUAUCGAACUAGUUCAUAUGUUAACUUUCUCAAAUAGUUGUGCAAUUGUGAUUAUUUUUGAUUUCAGUUAUUAUAAUUAUUACAUUUCUGUUGGGGUUUGUUUGGGAGUUAAGAAAAGUAUUAAGUUAGUCUUUGUUUAACACUUUCUUUAUUUCAAAGAUUUCUUUAUUUCCCACAACAAAAGAUGUUUACAGAGUUUGAAAUGAAUCUUAGCAAAUAUCUUAAAUGUGAGUCUUUUGAAAUCCAUUAUGUGUUCAAAAGAAAGUGCCCAAAACUUUGAAACAAAUUUUAGUUCUUUAUAAGCUUCCAAAAAUGAUAGGUAGACUUACAAACAAAUAUUCUAGGAUAAUUUUUUUUUUACCAAGCUAAUUAACCAAUUAGACAAUCAUCUUUUUUUUUCGUUUAAAACUUUCAGUAACAAUUACAUGAAAAUAUUUCCAUAAUUUUUGUUAACUGUAUCUGAACACAUAUUUUCACAAAUUUUUCUUGAUUUGAUAAAAAUGUAACACAAGACAACCUCCUUCCUAUCACAAUCACCCAAAGCAUCACAAGUCACACUACCAUGAUUUGAAAUCAAAGCAACGCACAACUUCAUAGCAGACAUAAUACCAACACCAAAAAUAGUCCACCAUGUAUAUCCCUCUUUUAUCUAAGGCUGAAUCACUGUUGAAUAUGCACUACGCACACCUCCAAUCACCUCACCAUAAUCAUCUAUGGCGGUGAAAAUACAAAGAUGAAGGAAAAGAAGAGCCCCCUGGAGUGCGUCAAAAUGGUUUCUGUUCAGUAAAUUGUGCUGAUUGCUUGAGAUGUUCAAUACAAGUGUGUUUUUUUUCAUAAAAGUGCCAUUCAUGAACAAAUAUUUAUUUAUUUUUUGUUUAUUUUUUUUUUUGUUUUUUUUGUUUUUUGAAAAUUUGAAUCCAAGAUCUGUUUUCAAAAUGUAAAAAGAUUAACUAUUCUUUAUUAAUGUUACCAUGUGCCUUCCAGUUUUUGUUUCCAGAUGUCUGGAUUAAUUGAUUGACUGUACUGUUUCUUGCACAUACGCUCCUUCUUUCAGUAUUAAUUAAAAGCUAUGAGGAAAAGACAAUAAAAUAUCAAAUGAUUUUGGUUUUACCAAGAAUGACAUAUGCCAACGUUUUUGUUGUCAUGCUUUGAGACACCAGCUUUGAUGAUGGCAUCCUCUUAGCUAUCUAAUUAUAACUUUGAUAACAUCAAAUAUUGAAGUUUUUCCAUCAUUUCUGUAAAUCACAUUUUUCAGCCUUUCCACAAUUCUUAUAAUAUUUAAGAAUUCGUUUCAUUUCAAGCCACAUGUACUAACAACAAUUAUAUUAAACAAAAUGAAUCUUGCCAAAAAUAUUUGCACAAAGUGUCUGUUGUAUUUAUUUAUGGAAUUUCCUGAUGAUAUGUGAAAAAUUCCUUAUACAUCUAUGUUUUUGCUUUGGUUUUAAGUAAUUUUUACCAUUUGUUAUUUUGGUGAAACUCCUACAUGUUGGUGUAUAUGAUGAAGAAAUAGUGUGCAUGUUUGUAAGAUAUUCAUGUUGAGAAAACAAUAUUUAUAUCAUAAGGCAUUUGAAAUUAUUAAUAUUAUUUUUUUUUUUUCUUUAUUUAGAUCGUUUACGAUCUGUGUAUGUAGCCUUAGAUUCAGGUGUUACUGACAACGCCAUGCACAUGUAUCGUACAGGACUUUUAUAUAAACAUUAUCUCCAUUCUGUAUACUGCUACCCAGAAAGCAAAAAAAGGAAAAUCCUAAUUUUUAGGUCACCUGAGACAACCCCAUGGAGUGAUGGGCGGGGCCAAAAGGGUCAGAUUAACUGAAAUAUUUCAAAACUCAGGUGACCGUUAUGGUCCAUGGGCCUCUUGUUCUUUAUACAAUGAGAGGAUCUUCAAGCUAUAUAUGUGCCUUUUUCACACAAGUAUUGCAUAGGUUUUGGGUUUUAGUUUUUAGUAUACAUACAACACAUGUACCAACUAGUUUAUAAUAUGAAUUUAUUUAAUGUACAUGUUUAUAAGUGUUUUGAGAUACUGUAAUACUGUAAAUUAUGCUUCUCUUAACUAAAAUCAAACUACAGACUGUUCGGUUUUUAAUUACCGGUAUUCAAUAGGUUUUAUAUCUGCUAUUACGGACUUAUGACCUUUCAGCUGACGAGUUGAGGCAGUUCAGAACUACAGUAAACUAACAGCAGUCUUGCUCAAGUCUGCAAUAUCAUGAUCAUUUAGGAGGAAGAAUGAAAUCAAAUAAUUUGAAACUGAAGAUCAAUAAUUUAACUUUUGGAAUAUAUAAAUUUAACAUGAAAAGAAAUUUUUUUGAAGGGGAAGUUUUCUAGAGUUGGAUUUUUUUACCUUUCAAAGUUUUCGUUUUUGUUUUUGAUAUUGUCCUUUCUGUAUUCUUUUAUAGUCUAGCAGUAUUCAGGUUAAAUUUUUCAUUUUUGUUCAUCAUUUCUUUUCUCUUUUUUUUUUUUCAAAUAUCCAUAAUUCAGAUAUCCUAGUAAUGAUACUAAGUAAUGUAUUACAUCUCAAGAUGUUAUUUAUGGGAAGCACCAAGAAAAUAAUACUUGUAAAUAUUUGAGUCAUAAUAAUUCUUUAAUUCUAUCUUUUUUGCUGUUAUAUGGCUUUAUUUGGUCAAUUUGUUUCUGAACAUUCCGUCCAAUGAUUAAAUCUUUUAUAACAAUCCCAUUAGGGAUUAUUUGCACAGUGUAUUUAGUUUUUUGAAAGUAUUACAGUAUACAGAUGUACCUAGUACCAAUUAUUGUGAAGUUCAUGUAGAGUUAAAGAUUUUUUUUGUGACAAUAAACUUUACACUAAAAACAAA